AUGAUGGCGUCGCGGGCCGCCGGCAAGGAACCGGCCUACCAACAACCAUCGCGUGACGAGUUCCACCGCCUGACGGAAGACCAGCGGAAUCAGAUCACAGAAGCAUUCACUGUAUUUGACGCCGACAAGGACGCCCGCAUCGAUUACCACGAGUUCCGCUUCAGCCUCCGUGCCCUCGGCUUCGACCUGCCCAAGCAGGAGACCUUUCCCUACCUCACCAAAUUCGCCCAGCCGCCUGCCGCCUGGCCCCGCGACAAGGAGUGCGCGCCCAUCUGGCGCGAGUUCACAUUGCCCGUGUUCCAGGGCAUUGCAGGCAAGCUGAUGGCAGAGCGGGAUCCAGAUGCCGAGUGCCGCCGGGCCUACCGGCUAUUUGACACGGACGGCAAGGGGGUGAUUACCGUCGAGGACCUGCGGCGAGUGAUGAAGGAGAUUGGACAGUCGAUGGAGGAGACGGAGUUGGCGGCGAUGAUCCGCGAGUUUGACGCAGAGGGCAAAGGGGGCGUCAACGAGGAAGAGUUUGUCAAGAUCAUGAUGGCCAAACGACAAGCAUGA